AUGGAGCCCCUACUCAAGUUCCGUCCUGUCAUGCUCGAAUCCACGGAGGGAUGCAUGGAUGCCACCUUCAUCAGACAGCCAUUGUUGACUCCAUUUUUCGUCCUGUUUGAACAGUGGACCGGUGGUGCUUUCACCUCCAACGCCGUCGUCCCUCGCUCUUCCUUCAAGGUUACCAAGGGAACCCCUUCCACUUACGAUGCCAUCGGCAACUCGGGCAAGAUCAACAAGCACUUCUUCUGCAGCAAGUGCGGCUCCGGCUUGUACACCGAGCUGGAGGUGAUGCCCGACAACACCGUCAUCAAGGCGGGCACCCUGGACGGUGGUGCCGCGAGCUUGGGAGGCAAGGUGGAUGUUGAGUUCUACGUCAAGGACCGUCCUUCUUACCUUGCGGCGGUGCCGGGCGCCAAGCAGGAGCAGGCUUUCGGUGCUUAA